AUGGAAAUUGCUAACGAACUGCUUCUUCAAAUAUUUCUAGUUUAUUUCCAUCCUUCUUUACCUUCUUUUUCUUUUUCCUUCAUUUCUUUAUUUCUAUCUUUCUAUCAUUUUCUCUCUCUCUCUCCUUCCUUCGUUCCUUCAUUCUUUCCUUUAUUUCUUUCCUUGAAUGGAUCUUGCUUUCUCUCAUUUGUUUGUUUUUUUUUGUUCUUUCCUUCGUUUCUUUCUUGCUUUCUUUCUCUCAUUUCCAUCUUUUUUUCUUUCUUUCUAUUUUUCUUUCUUUCUUUAUUUUUUCCUCAUUUUCGUCUUUCUUUAUUCUUCCUUUCUUUCAUUCCUUCUUUCUUUCUUUCCUUCUCUCUUUCUGUCUUUCUUUUCUUCUUUCUUUCUAUUCUUCUUUCUUUCUUUCUUUCCGCCAUUUUCUUCUUUCUUUCUUUCUUUCCGCCAUUUUCUUCUUUCUUUCUUUCUUUCUUUCUCUCUUUUCUUCUUACUUUCUUUCUUUCUUUUAUUUUUCCCUCAUUACUUACAUUCAAUUUUGUCUUUCUUUUCCUGUCUAUCGAACUUUCUUUGUUUCCUUCUCUCUUUUUUCUUUUUCCUUCGUUAUUUCUUUCUUUUGCCCCUUCUUUUUUUCCUUCUGUCUUUCUUUUGCACAUUUCAUACAAUCCGAGGCAAAAGAUAGCUUCAAAGGCUGUAAAUAUUGUUGGCGCCAUACAAAUUCCUCUCUCAUUCAGAGCAACUCUAUCUAUCUAUCUAUCUAUCUAUCUAUCUAUCUCAGUUCGCUCAUGUAUAUAUAUUAAAGUUUAUUUAUCUAUCUAUCUCGUUUUCUAUCUAUUUUAUUUUUAUUUUUCCUUUCUUUCUUUACCUUUGGUUCUUUCUUCCCUCCGUCUAAAUCUUUCUUUCUUUCUUUCUUUCUUUCUUUCUUUCUUUCUUUCUUUACCUUUUGAUUCCUUUCUUUUUCUUCUCCCUAACGUAAAUGUUCCUUUUUCAUUUCUUUCAUUUUUUUCUUUUUUCUUUCUUUCUUUCUUUCUUUCUUUCUUUCUUUCUUUCUUUCUUUCUUUCUUUCUUUCUUUUUCUUUCUUUCUUUUUUCUUUUUUUCUUUCCUUUCUUUUUCUUUCUCCCUUUCUUUACGUUUUGUUCCUUUUCAUUUCUUUUUCAUUUUUUUUUUUUCUUUCUUUCUUUCUUCUACCAUCUUCUUUUUUUUAUAUAGAAUACAUUCGCAUCCUUCUUCUUUUUCUUAUACGAUUCUUUCUUUCGCUAUUUCCAUUAUGUUCGUCCUAUAUUUAUCAGUCUGUUCAUAUCUAUCUAUCGAUCGAUCUCUCCCAGUCUGUUCAUAUCUAUCUAUCUAUCUAUCUAUCUAUCUAUCUAUCUAUCUAUCUAUCUCGUUCGCUUCAUAUCUAUCUAUCUAUCUAUCUAUCUAUCUAUCUAUCUAUCUAUCUAUCUUAUUUACGAAAUACUAAAGAAUAUUUUAUAUCUAUAUUUUUCUAUCUAUCUAUCUAUCUAUCUAUCUAUCUAUCUAUCUAUCUAUCGAAACUAUCUAGACGUCACUCACUUAAGGGACGCUCACACUUCCAGCCAAUCAUCCGCUCACUCAUUUCAUCUCAAUUGAUACAAUCGCUUGCCUUCUCUCUCUAG